AUGGCCGCAGAGCAGCGCAAGCUUCUGGAGCAGCUGAUGGGAGCCGACCAGCUCAUCGGUACCGGCGGCUCUGGGAGAAAUUCUCAGCUCUCCAUCACUGAUCCAAAGCUAUGUCGAUCGUAUUUGGUGGGCACAUGCCCCCACGAUCUUUUCACGAAUACAAAACAGGAUCUUGGACCUUGCCCCAAGAUUCAUAAUGAAGGCCUUAAAACGGAAUAUGAAACUGCAUCGUCGCAUGAAAAAGCUAAAUGGGGAUUUGAAUAUGAUUAUAUGCGUGAUAUGCAAAAGUACAUUGACGAAUGCAAUCGCAGAAUCGAUUCUGCGCAGCGCCGCCUAGAGAAAACGCCAGAUGAGAUAAGGCAGACCAACAAUCUCCUACGACAAAUAUCCGAGCUAAAUAAAACAAUCAACAACGGACUUGAUGAAGUCAGCAUACUCGGAGAACUUGGGUCUGUCUCACUCGCGGUCACGGAAUUCCACAAGAUUAGACAAGCGAAACAUCAGAAAGAUACAUAUGAAAGAGAUUUAAAGGCUCUUUCUGAUACCUCUGGGCCCUCGGGCCACCAGAAGCUCCAAGUCUGCGAUGUAUGCGGUGCAUACCUUAGUCGGCUCGAUAACGACCGUCGUCUUGCAGACCAUUUCUUUGGUAAAAUGCACCUUGGGUAUGCCAAAAUGCGAGAAACAUAUGGCAUAUUGCAGAAGGAAUUAAAGGGGGCACCGCCCAUGAGACACGAUGACGGAAUGCCCAGUCGGGAUCAGGGAUACGAGGAUAGCGGAUGGGGCUCGAGAGCAGGUGGAGGCUAUGGAGGGCGAUCUUAUCGUGGUGGAGGUGGAAGCGGUGGGGGAUAUGGAAGGCGAAGAGGUGGUGGUGGAUACGGAGGCAGAUGGUGA